AUGGCAGAGGGUCUCGUUCUCCGCGGCACCAUGCGCGCCCACACCGACGUCGUUACGGCGAUUGCCACACCCAUUGACAACUCCGACAUGAUUGUGACCGCCUCGCGCGACAAAUCCAUCAUCUUAUGGCAUCUCACAAAGGAGGACAAGACCUACGGUGUCCCCCGCCGCCGUUUGACCGGUCACUCUCACUUUGUCCAGGAUGUCGUGCUCUCGUCAGAUGGCCAGUUUGCCCUCUCCGGGUCCUGGGACGGCGAGCUCCGCCUCUGGGACCUUGCUGCCGGCACUUCCGCCCGCCGCUUUGUUGGCCACACCAAGGACGUUCUAUCCGUCGCGUUCUCCAUUGACAACCGUCAGAUCGUGUCUGCCUCACGUGACCGCACCAUCAAGCUGUGGAACACCCUCGGUGAAUGCAAAUACACCAUUCAAGACAGCGAUGCUCACUCUGAUUGGGUUAGUUGUGUGCGUUUCAGCCCUAGCACGCAUCAGCCUACUAUUGUUUCUGCAUCAUGGGACCGCACUGUGAAGGUGUGGAACCUCACAAACUGUAAACUGAGAAAUACCCUUGCUGGGCACAGUGGGUACGUGAAUACCGUUGCUGUUUCCCCUGAUGGGUCUCUGUGUGCCAGUGGUGGAAAAGAUGGAAUUAUUUUGCUGUGGGAUUUGGCUGAGGGUAAGCGUCUUUACUCCCUUGAUGCUGGCUCUAUUAUCCAUGCGCUCUGCUUCAGUCCCAACAGGUACUGGCUGUGCGCGGCCACUGAACAGAGCAUCAAGAUCUGGGAUUUGGAGAGCAAAAGUAUUGUUGAGGAUUUGAAGGUUGACCUAAAGACUGAGGCUGAUGCCACCACUGGAGGAAACACCAACAAGAAGAAGGUUAUCUAUUGCACUAGUUUGAACUGGAGUGCAGAUGGAAGCACUUUGUUUAGUGGUUAUACAGACGGCGUGGUCAGAGUCUGGGCAAUUGGACGUUAUUAG